GGCGUACGGCGGCGGAGGGGGCGCGUGCACGGAAGUCAAGCUACGAUCACGUGAGAGAAAAAGAUAAACAAUAAUGUCUUCAUGAGACACAGUACAGAGGAGAUUGAUUGACAACGAUUUACAGUCUCUCAGGGACCGUUGGCGCCGAUUGGCAUGGCCGCCGCGCUUCUGUCAGUCUGCCCCAGGGCAGCUGUGGCUACAACAGUAGUUUACCAUCACCAGGCUCAAGAUGCAAUAAAAUUAGACUCUACGCCCAUGGACCACGAGAGAUUACACAGAUAUAAACAAGAUGUAAACAACAACAACAACAAGGAACCUUCUCUGUUCACGGUGAAGGCCGUCUUCAUCCUGGACAACGACGGAACAAGACUCCUGUCCAAGUACUACGACCCGGAGCUGUACCCGACCAUGAAGGAACAGAAGAACUUCGAGAAGAACGUUUUCAACAAGACGCACAAAGCCGACAAUGAGAUCGCGUUCCUGGAGGGCAUGACCAUCGUGUACAAGAGCAGCAUCGACCUGUUCUUCUACGUGGUCGGCAGCGCGCAGGAGAACGAGCUGAUGCUGAUGUCGGUGCUCAACUGUCUGUUCGACUCGCUCAGCCAGAUCCUCAGGAAAAACGUGGAGCGGCGUUGUCUGCUGGACAACAUGGAGGGCGUGUUCCUGGUGGUGGACGAGAUCAUCGACGGAGGGGUGAUUCUGGAGUGUGAUCCUCAGCAGGUUCUACAGAAAGUCAACUACAGAGCGGACGAAAACCCUUUAUCAGAACAGAGCGUCACACAGCACAUAACAGAGAAGCUGGCCCUCACCUCCAACGUUUUGCAGUCGGCCAAGGAGCAGAUCAAGUGGUCCAUCCUGAAAUGAUUUUUUGCCACGUUUUCUUACAAGUGUUUUUGUUUUGUUUUUGUUUUGUUUUGUUUUGUAUCUCAAAUGAAGAAGUCUUGUUACAUAAUUAAUAAUAGUAAUAAUAAUUUUCUGUAGAUGUAUUUAUUUAUGUGGUCGAUAAGGGAUUUUUUUGUGUUUGAAGAAUCUUUGUUACGAUUUGCUAAAGCUGCAUUUUACGAUUUUUCCGGAUUUUUUUGUCCCAAACCUGAAGAGUGCACUGACAUAGUUCGCAAAAAAAACAUAAUUUAUUUUGUGUAAAUUGUGAGAAUUAGUUACAGUGUUGGGGAGUAACAGAUUACAUGUACCGGAGUUACGUAAUCAGAGUACAAAUUAUGAGUAACUGUAUUCGGAUUACAGUUACUUUGUUGAAGUAAAUUGAUUACAC